ACAUCGAAAAUCCCACCUUUAAGCUGUAUCAACGGCACAUCACUCGCUGCUUGUUCAUUCUUUGAGACCAGGCUGUUGUCACCACUCGUUGUAUAUCUUCUCCAGAAUCGAUCGGACUGGAAUAGAACAAGUACAUUCGCCAUGCUGUUCAAACUCACUCAUCUGAGCCUUGGGCUUAUGAUCCUGAAUCGCUCUUACGCUCAGAGUGUUCGGGACAAGUACACUGUUCAGAUUCCCGAAAGCGAGAGGUUGGCACUAGAAGGCAUCGUUGAAGAUGACCCUGGUGAUCAAAUGAGUAUCAUGAAGGAUUGGGAGUCUCCGGAGUAUCCGUUGAUUUACCGCAAUCCUCUUCCAAUUCCUCCUGUUCUCGAGCCUAAGCUCAAAAUCACCAACCCUGUCACUGGGAAGGAGAUAUGGUAUUACGAGAUGGAAAUCAAACCUUUCACCCAAGCCGUCUAUCCUACUCUACGACCUGCACGUCUCGUAGGCUAUAACGGCAUAUCUCCUGGUCCAACGGUUAUGGUACCACGAGGAACCGAGUCUGUUAUUCGCUUCAUCAACAAUGCAGACAAGGAGAACUCAGUGCAUCUCCACGGAUCUCCAUCGCGCGCCCCCUUUGAUGGAUGGGCCGAUGACUUGACUUUCCCUGGGGAGUACAAGGACUAUUACUUCCCCAACAAUCAAGCUGCUCGAUUCCUGUGGUACCAUGAUCAUGCUGUUCACAUUACCGCGGAGAAUGCGAAUUUCGGCCAGGCCGGCGCCUACCUUAUCACUGAUAGCGCCGAAGAUGCCCUCGGUCUGCCGUCAGGUUAUGGCGAAUUCGACAUCCCACUCGUCCUGGCUUCCAAAUAUUACAAUGAAGACGGAACUCUCCAGAGUGUCCUCGGCGAAGAACAAUCAUCUUGGGGCGAUGUGAUUCAUGUCAACGGCCAGCCCUGGCCAUUCCUCAAUGUCCAACCCCGUAAAUACCGUCUGAGGUUUCUCAACGCUGCCUUGUCAAGGAACUUCGCGUUAUAUUUCGUCAAGUCAUCAGCACAGAACACCAGAAUUCCAUUCCAGGUCAUCGCGACUGACGCCGGACUGACCACACACCCAGUGCAGACUUCAGACCUCUACGUCUCAGUUGCCGAACGCUACGAAAUCGUUUUUGACUUCUCUGGUUUUGCUGGGCAAACUCUCGAGCUUAAGAAUUUCCCUCAGGCUAACGGUAUUGGAACGGAUGACGACUAUGAGCACACUGAUAAGGUCAUGCGAUUUGUUGUUAGCAGUGAUCCUGUCCAAGACGAUUCCAGGGUUCCUGAAGUCCUCCGAGCUCCCACCGCACCGCUUGAAACAAACUCUCCCGCCUCUACCGGUAUUGACCACCAUUUCCGUUUCCACCGCCACAACAGCGAGUGGCGUAUCAACGACGUCGGAUUUGCCGAUGAGAAGAACCGAAUCCUCGCCAAGGUCCCACGCGGAAAAAUCGAGAUCUGGGAACUUGAAAACGGCUCCGGAGGCUGGACCCACCCCAUCCACGUCCACCUAGUCGAUUUCAAAGUCCUCGAACGCUACGGCUCAGAGAGCACGCGCGGCGUCAUGCCGUACGAGGCCGCAGGCCUCAAAGAUGUCGUCUGGCUAGGUAGACACGAAACCGUUCUUGUCGAGGCCCACUACGCUCCAUGGGAUGGCGUUUACAUGUUCCAUUGCCACAAUCUCAUCCACGAGGACCACGAUAUGAUGGCCGCUUUCAACGUCACCCAGCUGUCGAACUGGGGCUACAACGAGACCGACUUCUCCGACCCCGAAGACCCUCGUUUCUCAGCCCGUCCGUACAACCGCGCGGACCUCACGGGUCGUGCUGGUCCUUUCACGGAGCAGGCUAUCGAAGAGACUGUGCGGGAUCUCGCGCUGUUGCAGCCUUAUAGCCAGCUUGAGGAGGUCGAGGAGCUUUUGGAGGAAGCGUGGCGCGAGAACCCGAAUCAGAAGCGCGAUGAAAGGUGUGAGCAACCUGCUGCGGGACCUAUUCCUCGAUACAGGAGGUUUGUGGUUUAA